UUUAAUAUACAAUUAUGUAAAGUAAUAUCUGACAUGUUAAAUAUAAGAUGCAUUUGUUCUUGUCUUCGCAUACAUUUAUUUUCACAUCAAGUACGAGAACAUCGGCUUCUCCGUAACCGAUUCAACUUUUUCAAUCGUGUACUUUUUCCGGUCCGGCUAACGAUGUCCAAAAAAUCUGUCUGCAUCGUUGGCUCUGGUAACUGGGGCUCAGCCAUAGCUAAGAUACUGGGUAAAAAUGCAACAGAACGCAGUGACCAAUUUGAAACAUGUGUUAAAAUGUGGAUGUAUGAGGAAAUGGUGGAUGGUAGAAAAUUAACAGAAAUAGUAAAUACAGAACAUGAAAACAUAAAGUACCUACCAGGUAUUAAAAUACCUGAAAAUGUGGUGGCUAUACCAGAUUUGAUAAAGGCUUCAGAAGAUGCAGAUAUACUCAUAUUUGUGUUACCUCAUCAGUUUGUUGCCAAAACUUGUGAGCAAAUGAAAGGAAAAAUAAAAUCCUCAGCUAUUGCAGUAUCUCUUAUCAAGGGUGUGUCCAUUGAUGAUUCUGGGAUGAAAAUGAUAUCUAAUGUGAUUAAAGAAGUUCUAGGUAUUGAAUGUUGUGCAUUGAUGGGAGCUAAUCUGGCUGGAGAAGUAGCUCAGGAACAGUUCUGUGAAACAACAAUAGGAUGUGCAGUAAAUGGCACAGGAGAAAUAUUGAAGUCCCUAUUUGAGACUCCAUAUUUCAGAUGUUCAGUAGUAACAGAUCAAGCAACAGUGGAAUUAUGUGGUGCUCUUAAGAAUAUUGUAGGUAUUGGUGCUGGAAUAGCUGAUGGUCUGGGGCAUGGAGAUAACACAAAAGCAGCAGUAAUCAGGCUGGGACUGAUGGAAAUGAUCAAAUUCUCAGAAAUAUUUAUUCCAGGUUCACAAAGAGCUACGUUUUUUGAAAGUUGUGGAAUAUCAGAUCUGGUGGCAACCUGCCAUGGUGGCAGGAAUAGAAUGUUAGGGGAACAUAUAGUUAAAUCAGAUAAGACAGUUAAACAAUUAGAAAAAGAGUUACUGAAAGGUCAAAGCUUCCAAGGACCCUUAGCUGCUAGAGAAAUUUUCAAAAUGUUAAAAGAUAAAAAUCUAAUUGAAAGGUUUCCUUUAUUUGUGUCGGUGCAUUAUAUCUGUUUACGAGAAUCUCAACCAGAAGAGUUCAUCAAUUGUUUACGAAACCAUCCAGAACAUAUAUAAAAUAUUUAGACAUUAUUGACAAUUUUUUAUCUGCUUCUCUACACAUUGCCCUAAUGUACUAUUAUGUAUUUUUUUUAUUAGCAGUACAGAAUUUUGAAUUGUUGUCUUAUAUACAUUAUAACAUUAUAAAACAGUAUGUAUUGAUUCGUAGUUUGUGGACUGCAAAAUUUUAAUUUAAAUAUUUUUUUCUUAGUAAGUUCAUAUUACUAUGUGUUUUCUCUUCAAACAAAUAAUUAUUUAUUUACCAAGUUCUCCUAUGGAAAGCUUUGGUACUAGAUUGUGGCACAUGGCAGUUAUGUGGCUACACAUUGUUUUUGUGCAAUAAUAUUGUUGUCACCAAAAAAUCUUAUGAUUAAAAUUGAUCUUAUGUUCUACUGAAUUGUUGAUGACUUGCGAGUAAUUUUUCAUAUGAGAUUUGUUGAAAUUGACCACUGUGGAAUAGAUAUUUUUAGACCAGAAAAUGAGUUCUUACCUAAGUUCUUUUGUGCCAUGCUCCUUGAUUCUGUAUUAUAUCUUUAGAAUUAGUUUUAAUGUAUUCUUUUAUAUAGGCUAAAUGCAGGUCAUGUUAUUUUGACUGUUUUUAUUGUUUAGUAGUUUAUAAAGUCCUUGAUCAAUGACAAAUGACAUUGAUUUAAUUUGAUUCAGUGCAAUGAAUACAAUGUGAAUUCAGUUCUUGCUAUUUCAACUUUACAAAUUAAACAAGUGUUUGACAUUUUUUUUUUUAAGUGUAGAAAAAAAUGUUUUGUGAACCACCAUUUUUGAGUUUAUGGAAUAUUAGAAUUUCCAUUUUUUGUGAGUCAAGAUUAGUUGAUUAAAACUUGUAGAAAAGACUGUAUAAAUAAGAUCAUUUGUUUUACCUUCAAUAAUUUGAUAUGUUUCUCCUUCCUAUGAAAAGCAGCUACAAUUCUUGCCCUCAACAUUCAGCUAUGGUAUGGUAUUUUACAAAACUAAGAAAUAUAUAGGCUUAUACUAAAUGUAAUUCAGACUUAUCUUUUUGUAACUGGUAAUGAAAUCAGCAGUGAUCCAUUAAAAUUGUAGGUGAUCUGUUUAACUAAAAUAGUGUGCUCUUCAUAUUUCAGUUUGAUAGUUAGAAUUCAUGGUGCUUUUCAUUAAAAAUCAAAUUAAGGAAAACAAUAUAAUGUUAUUAAUUUAUUGAUAUAUAUAUCUAAAAGAGUUAGUAUUUUUUAGAGUGCAUAAUAUGUUAUACAAGUUUGUUUACCAAAUAAAAUGCAAUUAUUGUUUUUAUUCAAGCUGUAGUGUCUGUUGUAUUUUUUUUUUUUAUUAAAAUAUUGCUAGAUCAUAAAAGAAAGGUAGGGGAGAUAUUUUAUGUAUUUAUAAAAUAAUUAAUGGUUAUUCACAGCUUUAUUGAUGGUGCACAAAACAAUACAUUUCUUUUUUUAGUUGCUGUGAAUUUCAUUUACUUAAGAAUUACUUCCUUUUUUGGCAAAAAAGGGUAGAAAUAAGGCUAUAUUAUGUUCAAUUUAGAUUUAAAGGCUAUUAGCCUACCAAAUCUAGGCAAGUUCAGAUAUCAGAGUUUUUUUUUUUACAAAUGACAUCAAUAAUAGAAAUUAGUGUGACUGUUAUGUAGGAGCUAUAAUCGACAAAUUUUUUGGACCACCUUCUUCUUUUACAUUAGAAAUAAUGUUUUAUGCAGUCCCAAAGUGUGAGUGCUGUGUAAAAAGCCUGUUCACAUAUUAUUUCUACAAAUAAAAUGAAUAUUGAUUCUUUUUUCUUAGUAAUACUAGUAGUUAUUCCUUAAUAUAUUUUUCAUAUUUUUAUAUUAUAACUAAGCAUAAGCUUAUGGAUUGUUUAGGUAUUUGUUAUAGAUAUUCUAUUUGUUAAUGUAUAGUUUACCUUGUUGAUAGUACUUGAUAAUAAAAUUAUCGAAUUUGA